GCAGUCGGGCGUUUCGGCGAGGAAGAGGAAAAAACGAGAAAGAGAGGCUUUGAAGAGCCAGAGAGGGAAAGAAAGGAUCCUCCGAUCGCUCGCUCCCGUGAGAUUUUGCUGAUCUCCUUUCUUCUUCUUCUUCCCCUUGAUCUUGCAGAUCAGACAUGGCGGAUCAGCUUACCGACGAUCAGAUCUCCGAAUUCAAGGAGGCCUUCAGCCUAUUCGACAAGGAUGGAGAUGGUUGCAUCACGACCAAGGAGCUGGGAACUGUCAUGCGGUCGCUGGGUCAGAACCCAACGGAGGCAGAGCUGCAAGACAUGAUCAACGAGGUCGAUGCUGAUGGAAACGGUACCAUCGACUUCCCAGAGUUCCUCAACCUGAUGGCCAGGAAGAUGAAGGACACGGACUCCGAGGAGGAGCUCAAGGAGGCUUUCCGGGUCUUCGACAAGGACCAGAACGGCUUCAUCUCUGCUGCGGAGCUGCGCCAUGUGAUGACCAACCUUGGUGAGAAGCUCACUGACGAGGAGGUGGACGAGAUGAUUCGCGAGGCCGAUGUGGACGGUGAUGGCCAGAUCAACUACGAGGAGUUUGUCAAGGUCAUGAUGGCCAAGUGAGGAGGAAGCAGAGCAGCAGAUGAAAUUGUAAUUUCAUUAUGCAUAGUGGUUCAGUCUUGGUAGAGUCUCUUUCUCUGGUAGCCUUUUCUAUUUCUCUUUGGUCCUGUGAGUGGUGUCAUUUCUACGUACUUCUCUUUGUUCAUGAUAGUCUUUCGCUUUUUCAUAAUUUGAGGUGUGGGCAUGGGGUUUUCUUUUUUUUUUUUUUUUUUUUUUUGGAAGUUUGCCAUGUUCUGUAGGUUGGAAAAAUGAAUCAGAAGGGGUCUGUCCAAAACGGGGACGUUGAUGCUUA